UGGCUGCCGCGCGGGGUCACUGGGUCACGGCCGACUAGUGUCUAGCGCACCCGAGCGACGCGCGCGCUGCAUUGUGGUCGCCGCUCAGCUGUUGUCGCCAUGUCCAGCGUCCGCCUCGCGUUCCGCCUGCUCUCUGAGCGGACUGGAGUGAGAUACUGCUACACAGCAACCCGAUCAAACCUGUACAUCACCAAAGACACCAAGGUCAUUUGCCAAGGUUUUACUGGAAAACAGGGUACCUUUCAUAGCCAGCAGGCCCUGGAAUAUGGGGCGAAAUUGGUUGGGGGAGUUUCACCAGGAAAAGGUGGGAAAGCCCAUUUAGGGCUUCCUGUCUUUAACAGCGUGCAAGAGGCCAAAGAUAAGACUGGGGCGAAUGCAACUGUGAUUUAUGUCCCACCACCAUUUGCCGCGGCUGCCAUCCAUGAGGCAAUUGAUGCAGAGAUCCCACUGGUGGUGUGCAUCACAGAAGGCAUACCGCAGCUGGACAUGGUGAAGGUUAAGCAUCGCCUGCUGAGGCAGAACAAGACACGCCUCAUUGGACCCAACUGUCCAGGUGUCAUCAAUCCAGAGGAGUGCAAGAUUGGUAUCAUGCCAGGACAUAUACAUAAAAAAGGAAGGAUAGGAAUUGUGUCAAGAUCAGGGACAUUGACAUACGAAGCUGUACAUCAGACAACUCAAGUUGGACUGGGACAGUCCCUCUGUGUGGGAAUUGGUGGAGAUCCAUUUAAUGGCACAAACUUCAUUGAUUGCCUAGAAGUAUUUCUGAAGGAUCCAAAGACGGAAGGCAUCAUUUUGAUUGGAGAAAUUGGUGGGAGUGCAGAAGAGAAUGCUGCAGCGUAUCUGAAAGAGCACAACACAGGUGCCAAUGCUAAGCCUGUGGUGUCGUUCAUUGCUGGCUUGACGGCCCCACCUGGCCGCCGUAUGGGCCAUGCUGGAGCCAUCAUCGCUGGCGGAAAGGGUGGCGCGAAAGAGAAGAUCGCCGCAUUACAGGCGGCCGGCGUCGCGGUGAGCAUGUCUCCUGCACAGCUUGGCAACACCAUGUACAAGGAGUUUGAGAAGAGGAAGAUGGUAUGAAUUCCAAAGAGGUGUUAGGGUGCUCUCCAGAUGUGUAAUCACGACCGUUCAUAUUAUGUCGACAAUACAACAUGUUAAUUACAGUUGAAACUAUAUUUGUAGAUGCCAUGUCUUAAUCCAAGCAAAUAAACAUCCAAAUGGUUA